ACCCCAGAACUAGGGCCUUCCCUGCCUCAAGGGGUCCUUUGCUGUCAUCUUUCAGGGAAAAAGGGGGUGGGGUAUCUGGGGAUAGAUACAUCCGCACAAAGCUCGGUUUCCCACCAAAGCUCAGAGAGGCGGAAGAACCGGAGCUCAGCAUCUGGCCGAUGUUCAAGCGUUCGCUGAGCAGGCUUCAGGCAGCUUUUGGUCAUUUUGAGCCCUUUCUGCCUGGAAGUGAAUGCAGGGGCCAGCGAGGGUCACCACCUGCGGGCCGGGGGCGGGGCGGGCCACACACGCAGAGACCGGGGAAGAGCUGGGAGUUAGAAAAAUGUGACCCCGCGACCCCAAACGCCGCCAGGCUCCCUCGCCUGCGCUCCACCUGCUCCUCAGCGCCCAGCUGCUAGCGGACCAUGGCCAGCCCUGCGCCCUUAGUGGCUUCCAUCAGCCACCAAAUGGUGGCUUUGCAGACACUGCAGCUGCUUCAGCAGGAGUGGGGCUGGGGCGACGGUCCUAGCGCCCCCGGGAGCCCGAGCGAUCCGGACCACGUGCCCAUCGCCCCGGCUCGUAACUCAGGCCAGAUGAGGACCCGGCGGGGGCUAGGGCGAGGGAACACGGGAUCGCGGGGCUCCCCCGAGGCAGGGGGACUGAGGGGAGCAGAGGGGGGCGCCGAGCUGCUGCCCUUCCCCCGGGACCGCGGGCCCUGUACCCUGGCGCGGAUGGCGAUGCGCAGCGCGCUGGCCCGCGUGGUGGACUCGACCUCGGAGCUGGUCAGCGUAGAGCAGACUCUGCUUGGGCCUCUCCAGCAUGAGCGGCCCUUCCCCAUCCACCUAAAGGACAGCGUGGAGUUUAGAAACAUCUGCAGUCACUUGGCUCUGCAAAUCGAAGGACAGCAGUUUGACAGAGACCUGAAUGCUGCUCACCAGUGUCUGAAGACGAUAGUGAAGAAGCUGAUCCAGGCGCUUGCUAAUCUCCCAUCAGAUGCCCACGUGGUUGCCUGCGCUUCCUUGAGACAGAUCUUGCAGAAUCUCCCAGAUGUAUGAGCAUGAGAGACAGCCAGACUACAGCUGGCUCUGCUAAGAGAAUAGGAUCCUUUACCCUCUCAACAGUCAGCAGCAGCGGGUGUUUAUGUUCCCAAAACGACUUGCUAGUUCAUGGCCGAGUCUGACCGAGAGCACCUGUAGCCUUCAGCACGAUAGCAUGUGGUGCACAUACUUUUUAAAGCUGUAGUGUGUAUUUUAAAGUAUGUUGACUUAUUGCUGACUUUCUGAAAUAGAUUUCUCUUUGUGGAACUAAUUGGGAUAUAUAUAUAUAUAUAUAUAUAUAUAUAUUGAUUAUCCAUCUUAAGCAUUGGUUUUGAAUGAAUGAUAUUUGAAUCUAUAUUUGUAUUAUUGUAGGCUAUAAAGCUUAAUGGGGUCAUGUAUAGCAGAAGGACCGUGGCUCUUCAUGUAGUUUUGAGUAAGUGGGACAUUUAGUAGCUGACACCAUCAGUUUGCUGGGGACUUCGUUAUAGGCAAUGACAGUGAGGUGUCAGUCAUUGUGAGUCCAACCCUGUCGUUAGUAACUUACCACUGGGCGGGAAGAGCUGUUUCUAAACCUUGUACUAUCGUAUGGUGCUGUGCACAUUUAAAAUGACAGUGAACUCUGGGGUACUAAGCAUCUAUAAUAUGUAAAUACAAGGACGUGCCAUUAAAGUCUCAGUGUGGGACCAUCUGGCUGCUCUUAUUAUUGCUAAAUAUUUCCGUUGGAACAGGAAAGUGCUGGGAAAAGAAGGAAGGAGUGAGCACUCCAGGAAUUCUGUUUGCACAGUCCAACGUUUGGAUCUGGAAAGAGAAGGUGGUUUCAUUAUUAUUUUAUGUUUGGUAACAAUUAUCUAUACAUGCUUUCUAUUAUUCAAUGAUGACUAUACCUAGAGCUAAUAAAGGCCUGGCUGUAUCAUAGAAGACUGUUAUGGAAACAACAUCAGGUUAGCAGGGGCCAGGGGAUGACUGUGUAUAUGAAUAAAUGACUUGGUCCUGAAAGAAUUAAUACCUGGAUCUGUGUGGUGGGGUAUAUCUGUCCAAAAUAAGUGUUAGGAGCAAUCAAAGCUUCUUUUAUUGAAAAUAUUUUUUUUCAAUAAAUAUAUCCCAUCAUGGUUUCCCCUUCCUCAUUUCCUCCCAGAGAAAGCAUAAAACCAUAAACCAUAAUAAAUAAGCAAAAGACCAAUAAGAUUUAAAAAAAAUGCCAAAAUAAAACAACAUGAGACAAAAAAUAAUCUCCAGAAAUACCACUGAGUUUGUUUUGUGUGGCUAUCUACUGCUGAGUCGGCGGCCUGCCGUUAAGCGUGGUUUAUAUCAGUGACACUUCGUCUCAGAAAGCUUGGACCUGUGCAGACCCUGCGCUGCUACACUCUUUGUGAGCUCAUACGUGCAUCAGUCCAGGUGUGUCUGGAAGACGCUAUUGCUGUGGGGCCAUCUAUUCCCUCUGGUUCUUACACUAUCUCCCCCACUGCACAUAUUUCCCCAAGCCCUGGGUGGAGGGGUUUGAUGAAAAUAUGCUAUAUAGGACAGAUUAUACCAAGGCCCCUCACUUUUUGCACACUGUCCUGUUGCAUGCCACCAUAUUUGCUCCCAUCUACUAUUGGAGGCAGCUUCUCUGAUGAUGGCUGAGCAAGACACAGACCUAUAGGUGUAUAGGAAUGUUGUUAGGAGUCAUUUUAUUGCUGCAUUCUUCCAGUGGAAUAGAAUUAUUUGGUUUUCUCCUGGGCUCCUUGCCUAUCUGGGCUCAGGUUCUUGGCUACUCAAGCAGGAACAGGCAUGGGUUCCAUCCCAUGGAGAGGGCCUUAAGUCUGAGCAGACAGUGGUGGGUUACUCCCACAUCUUCUGUGCCACUGUUGUGCCAGCACAUUAGGCAGAUGGGCCACCAUUGUAUAUCACAGGGUUUACUGCUGGGAUGGUGUUUACCUUUCUUCUGUGGUAGUGUACGGAGCACCAACCCAUACCAGGAACACCAGUCAGGAGGAGUGAAGGGUCAAGACACCAGCUCAACUUCUCCAUGUUCAGUGAGAUAUGUGAGUGUUGCCUUCAGCAAUAGGACCUUCCCAUCAGUCUGUGAAGAGCAGCCAAUAGCCUUGACGAUAGCUUGAGUUUCCGUGGAGCCCCUUUGGCUAACAACUCAAUUAGAUGCAGCCCAUUCCUAGCACCUUUCACUUGAUUGUCCAGCAUGUAGAGGUGGGGCCUUUUCUGCCCUAUUAUUUAGUGAAGCCAUUUAGAGUUCUUUCAUAUAUAUAUAUAUAUAUAUAUAUAUAUAUAUAUAUAU